CGAUCCCACAGCCAGCCGACUCAUUCAAAGCUCCGACUUCGUUGCGUGCACACAGAGUCUCUCUCUCUCGAGAUCUAGUGGAACAUUACGACUGUGGAUUACGCGAGUUAAAAACCUAUACCUACUAUACCACCAAACAAAUUUAUACCAACAAUGGUUCUGGAGAUGGAGAUGUCCAAGACGUAUCAGUACCGCAAGGUGAUGAAGCCCAUGCUGGAGCGGAAGCGUCGGGCCAGGAUCAACAAGUGCCUGGACGAGCUGAAGGACAUCAUGGUGGAGUGCCUGACGCAGGAGGGCGAGCAUAUCACCCGGCUGGAGAAGGCCGACAUUCUGGAGCUCACGGUGGAGCACAUGAAGAAGCUGCGUGCCCAAAAGCAACUGCGUCUAUCGAGUGUAUCCAGUGGAUCGGCUAGUGGCCAGGAUCCCAAGCUCAGCAUUGCCGAGAGUUUCAGGGCCGGCUAUGUGCACGCCGCCAACGAGGUGUCCAAAACUCUGGCCGCCGUGCCCGGAGUGAGUGUGGAUCUGGGCACCCAGCUGAUGAGUCACUUGGGUCAUCGCCUCAACUACCUGCAAGUGGUGGUGCCCUCGCUGCCCAUUGGAGUGCCCCUUCAAGCUCCAGUCGAGGAUCAGGCCAUGGUCACGCCGCCACCAUCGGAAUGCGGUAGCUUGGAGAGCGGAGCCUGCAGCCCGGUGCCCAGUGAGGCCAGCUCCACCUCCGGUCCCAUGUGGCGGCCCUGGUGAUCAGUGGACGCCAGCUGAUCUUAAACUGGAUCGCCUUCAAGCGGAAGGCUUCUACAAAUCGUCGCUCUGAAAGGUGCUGGAAUCGAGACCGCACCAUCUUCUUUGGAGCCCAGCAGCUGCUGACCAGGAUUUGCUUGCCCGGCAGUUCAGCAGAUGCCCCAAUCUCUAGCAGAGCCUCUUGUUCCGGCUAUAGAGAUCGGAUAUUUCUGCAAGAAAUGUAAAGAAAUCUAUUACAACUGAAACUGAAAUCAAAAUAAAUGACACUCAAACUUAA